GACGUUUGGUCCGUUUUUUCAAUCGCACCUCACCGAAAACACCACAAAGAAAGGUGCACUUGUGAUUUCGUCCGAUCGGUUCUGAAAUUUUCAGUAAUUUUCCCGGAUUUUAUACGCGCUAAGUACGCCAGAACCACUUCCGGCCUCUCCCAUCAGCUGUGAUUCACCGUUAAAACCGUCGCUAAAUAAUGGCCGCCGCAACACAACAGAUGACCACCAGCAGCAGCAGUAGCAGCGCAGGAAAACCAAAGGACAAAAAAUCACAGGAAGAAAUCUAUGCCGAGUUUCAGCAGCUGCGAAAUCAACAGAGGAAUUUAAUUAACAAUCUCAACACGCUCGAGAUGGACCUCAAGGAACACAAAACUGUGAUCGAUACGCUGAAAACGGUGGAACCGGGUCGAAAGUGCUUCCGUCUGAUUGGGGGCGUCCUGUGCGAUCAAACGGUCGAAAUCGUUCUGCCGCAGCUGGUGCAAAACAAGGAACAGCUGGAAAAACUAAUCGAGAACGGCAAGGAACAGAUCACGAAAAAGGGUCUGGAAAUUAACCAGUUCAAGGAUGAGCACAACAUCAAAAUUCGUGGCCAGGAUGCGGCUGCAGCUGCUAGCAGCGAAAAGGAAAAUGCCGACGACAAAUCGGGCGCUUCCGGAACUCGGAAUGUGCUGGUGGGAAAUUUGUAAGACCAAAAUCAAUUAUCGUUUGUAUCUUCUUAAAUCUUAUCCUCACUCGAGAUCCCUUGACUAGUACUAAACGAUAAGGGCGUAAAAUUUCUUUCGGUUGUACAAUUUCGAUGUUUUGCUCGGAAUUGGCCGUGAUGCUCCCACAAACUAGCGUUUUGAUCCAACUCGCGCCAGGGGAAUAAGUCAAACAAAGCGAGAGCGCCGAUCCACAGACCCAUAAUUAUUGAAAUAUUAUUUAUCAUCGUUCAUAACUUGCAAUCGCUGAGAAAGCAAAACGUUUAAAUAACUCUAGACCGAUUAGUUAUCCCGGUUAACACGCAGAUUUUAGAUUACUCUAAUUGCUAUUAUUUCUUUGUUCAUCAACUGCUUGAAUAAAAUACUUACUAAGGAAAUGUA